AUGCCGCCACCAACCUCGACGGUAUCACGAAAACGAACUCGUUCAACAAAUGUUUCUGAAGAUAAUAAUGAUCAUGAACAAGCAACAUCAACAUCAACAAUUGUUUCUUCUCAACCAAUUAGUACAGCUCCGCCUAAACGUCAACGUAAUAAUCCACCAUCAACAACAUCUUCCGUUGUAUCACAUACAAAUUAUUCACUUCGAAAUCGUUCAAUAACAUCUGAUACACAACAUUCAUCAACACGAAUAUCAUCUAUUGAGAAUUCUCAACGAUAUAAUUUACGUCCACGACAUUUACAAUCACAAAUUCAGUUACCUCAAAUUUCAACUUCACAUUCAAUUGGUGUAUCACGUCGUCCUACUUCUACAACUCAUCGACAAAUUCCAUCUACAACAACAACAACACAACAAGAACAACCAACAUCAUCUAUUGUUCAACCACGACAAUAUCGUCUUGUUUAUAUAUCGGAUGAUGAUGAUCAACCAACAACAACGACACAAUCAUCAGCAGCUAUUGUUAAUACAACUUUUAAUUUAGUAACUGAUGAUGAAGAUGAUGAUUUAACACGACCACAAGUACCUCCACGUCGUACAGCAAGAUCAACAUCUAAUACUGGUCAUAAUACACGUUCUCGUACAUCUACUGAUCCAACUAAUACAACGACAAUAGAUAAUCAAGAUUUUUCUAAUGGUGGUGUAGCACAUGUCCGUCUUAAUCGUGCUAUUGAAAUUGUUAUUGAUUCUAUACAAUCUCUUGAAGGUGCUGUAAAUAAUUUUGAUCAACUUGUAUUUCGUCUUAUUUAUGGUCGAUUAGGUACACGAAAUGAAUUUGAAAAUAUUGAAGGUAUGAUACGUUUAUCUCGAAUAUUAAAUUUAAAUUUUCCAUCACGAUUAACACAAGAUGAAAUAGAUGCCUUACCAAAAAUAAAAUUUAUUCAUAAAUCCGAAUCAACAUCAUCUAUUUUAUUAGUUGAAAAAUGUCCUAUUUGUUUAACUGAAUUUAAUGAUCAAGAAAUAAUUAAUAAAUUACAUUGUACACAUUUAUUUCAUCUUGAAUGUAUUUCAACAUGGCUUAGUGAAAAUGAUUCAUGUCCGACAUGUCGUCGAAAAAGAACAACAAACCUCACAUCAGGUGUUACAGUAGGAGUUGUUGUUGGACGACGAAAAUCAGAACAAACAACAAAUGAACAACGAGCAUUUGAUAUUCUUGCACAAAAUCCAUUGAUUGAUGGUCAUAAUGAUUGGGCUAUGAUUAUUCGAGCAAUUCUUCAAAAUAAUAUAUCCGGUCAUGAUUUCUAUAAUAUGACUCAAUAUGAUAGAAAAAAUGGCACACCAUCUCAAACAGAUAUAAUACGUUUACGAAAAGGUCAAGUUGGUGGACAAUUUUGGUCAAUCUAUACAUCUUGUGAACAUCAAGGAAAAGAUGCUAUAAUGAGUUUUAUGGAACAAAUUGAUGUUAUGAAUCGAUUAAUAGAAAAAUAUUCUGAUGUAUUUCAAUUCGUUAGAACAGCUAAUGAAAUUCGACAAGCAUUUCAAGCUAAACGUAUUGCAAGUUUAUUUGGUGUUGAAGGUGGACAAGCUAUUGAAAGUUCAUUUUCAAUUUUAAGACUUUUCUAUCAAAUGGGUGUACGAUAUAUGACAUUAACACAUAAUUGUAAUACUCCAUGGGCUGAUCAAAAUCAAGUUGAUCGUAUUAAUUCAACAUUAAUAAAAAAUAAUGGUUUAACAGAAUUUGGAGAAAAAAUUAUUACAGAAAUGAAUCGUCUUGGAAUGUUAAUUGAUUUAUCACAUGUUUCAAAAAAAACUAUGCUUGAUGUAUUAAAUAUUACACGUUCACCAGUUAUAUUUAGUCAUUCAUCAGCUUGGACUUUAUGUAAUCAUACACGAAAUGUUCAAGAUGAUGUACUUCAAUUAAUUAAAUCUAAUCGUGGAAUUGUUAUGGUUGCAUUUACACCAGGUUUUAUAAUAUGUAAUCGUCAACGUCGUGUAACCAUUCCAGAUGUAGCAGCACAUAUUAAUCAUAUUCGAAAUGUUGCUGGUAUCGAUAGUGUUGGUAUUGGUGCUGAUUAUGAUGGUAUUGACGACACACCAGAAGGUCUAGAAGAUGUAUCGACUUAUCCAAAAAUUAUUGAAUAUUUAAUAUCACAAGGAAAUUGGACUAAUGAUGAUAUUAUUAAAUUGAUUGGUGGAAAUAUUAUACGAGUAAUAGAAGAAAAUGAAAAAAUAUCACGUGAUCUUCAAAAGAUAAUUCAACCAUUUGAAGAUUUAAUACCUCUUAAUGAUUUAAUAAAAUACAAUUUAACACAAUGUCGAUAUUUAGAUAUGUAUACAGAUACAUCUUAUUUGUGA